UCAUCAUCAUCAUCAUCAUCAUCAUCAUCAUCAUCAUCAUCAUCAUCAUUUCCAUGCUACUAUAAACAAGAUCAAAACAUAUUUCUGGAGUGUAUCCUUCCUUCCUGCUGUUUCUAUGUUAUGUUUUAAAAGCAGAACAUCACCAAUAUACACGUCACCAAUUUUGGUUAAUCUUAACAUCAUGCCUUCACUGGAAUGAUGAAGCAACACCUCUGAAUAAAUUAAAACCAAAGGCGGAGUUACUGCAUGAGUUUGCUCUUUUAUUGCUCAACUUCUCCAUCACAAUCAUAUUCACCACAUGAAGUGACAGUCGUUGAUCAGGAAAACAACAUACAAUGGCAUUCAACAACUCCACCGUGAACUUCGAAUAUGAUGACUACUGCUCUGAAGUCUUUGAGAUGCUGUUUGACUUGGAAACCUUUGAAAUCUCCUCAUACAUUUUGAUCUUCAUCCUCAGUAUCAUAGGAAACUGCCUCCUUUUAUAUGUCCUCUUUCUCUAUGAGCACUUAAAAAAUGUCACAAAUCUAUUCGUCCUGAACCUUGCCUGCUCCGAUUUGAUGAUCACAGUCACACUUCCUUUCUGGGCCGUCAUGCUGCUGCAGGACUGGGUCUUUGGUGAUUUUGCCUGCACAUUUGUGACUUCGGCACGGAUUGUUGGUGUGUACAGCAGCAUCAUUCUACUGACUGCCAUGACUGUGGACCGUUUCAUAACUGUGGUGCUGCACAGCAUGCCAAGAAACAAAGUAAGGAGGCAGAGGUUUGCAGCAUUGAGCUGUGCAGCUGCAUGGAUCAUCAGCAUUUAUGUUUCUAUACAUGUUGCUACUAGAGUCACGGUGGAAGACUGGCGCGGUCGUUCGAUGUGUUUAUAUUAUUUUGACUUUGCAUUUGAUCUUGCAGUGUCUGUGCUCUUCUUCUUCCUGUUAUCCAUCAUUGUUUUCUGCUAUUCUGCCAUCAUCAAGAUAGUGUUGCAGGCUUCAAACAGAAGAAAGCGCAGGACAGUAGUGGUGGUGUUAUGUAUAGUUGCUGCCUUCAUCAUCUGCUGGGUACCUUUCAAUAUUUUCUUUAUAAUCGUGUCCUUCUAUAAACCUAAAAACUGUUAUGCAUUGAAACGUGUGAAUAUUGCCUCUAGUAUUUGUCGUGUACUUGCUUAUUCUCACUGCUGUAUGAACCCUAUUCUGUAUAUGCUCUCAGAAAAGUGGCGAAAGCAUCUUUUGGAUCUUUUUAGCUGCAAGAAAGUCAGGAGGGUGAGAGACAGAAAGAGAACCACUGGCUCUUCUGUUAAGCAGAACGUAGCUUUUAAAGCACAAAGCUCUGCUGUUGUGUUGGAACCAACCGGCAGCUAGACAUUCAUUGCUAAAAUGAAAACAUCAAUUAAUACUUAGUAUAAUAGUGUUUUGAACUAACUUAACCUAUAGUGUUCACAUUUCCAUAAUGAUAUUAAGGGGACUACUUUAAUGUAAGUCUCUAUAAAUGUAGACCUAACAUGUCAGUUUACGCUUUCUCAGUAUUCUUUUUACAUUUGCUAUCCUAGAUUUGGGACAGGGUGACACAUGAGAGUUUAUUUAGCUUCAUUAGCUUUGUAAGAUGGUUCUAAAAAUGAGUUGGUUCCAAAAAUGGUUCUAAAAAGUACAUGUGAUCAGAUCUGUAUCAUUUGGUAUAUGUUCAUGUGAUUUCAAAUUCAUGUUGAUACAUUGAUUAUGCAUUGUACUGUAGAUAAUAUGUGAAACACUUCUUCACUGCAUUUUACUUAAUGGUUUCAUAUUAAAUCAUCUAUCUCAGUUGUUACUGUAGUUGUUAUAUUGUCACCUUUAGGAGUCUUGCAAACAAAACAGAACAUCAUUUAUUUUCAAAAUGUUAUAUAAUUUGUCAAAAAUGUGUGUUUAUAUUUGCUUGAACAUUUCAUCAUCAU